AUGGCGCCGGCAUCACCAAUCGCCGUUCCUCCAGUUACUCCACGCGUUCUACUCGAUUAUAUCCUGACCUCCACCUCAUACCCCACAACCCUCCUCGUCUGCUCUCCGCGAGCAGCCUUUCUUUCGUCUCUACAGAACUCAGCAUCUACCUCUUCGACAUUACAAUCUUCGACAUCAACGCUCCACCUUCUUUCUCUCUCCCCACACAUACAAACCAUAUUCACACCCACUCUCUCGCAUCUCCGCGCCUGGCUCUCUGUCGCGGACAGCGGCUGUGCCGCACCGGCCCCAGCUUCAGAUCCAGGGAGCAAGGCUACAACAGAUACCCCUAAUCGGAGCAAUGGGAGAAGCCAACUAGUCGUUUGGGGUCUGGUGAACAUACACCAGGGGACGAGCGAAUGGAGCGUGCAAGGCUUGAGUUCAACCGCGGCAGCAUUGGUAGAAGCAGGACAACGGAUGGGAAGGAAGGUUGUACUUGUCGAAGAAGCUGAAAAUGAACCGAGCAGGGAGGAUGAGGGAGAUGAAGGCGAGCCUGCGAGGAGUGAAGGCAUGGUGGGUCAAGGAGAUCUAGAAGAAAUAAAUGGCAUGAAUGAUAAUGGCGAGCUGGAAGACGACCGCCCGGUUGAGCAGGAGAUAAAACGGCAGAGUGGUAUCUAUCACAGGCGGUUACCGAUGCUAAAUGGUUGCUCCAAGACAGAUGCCAAUGACUUAGAGGCCGGGGCUUGGAGUGGACGGACAGUGGAAGUCGGCAUUGUGCUGAAUCGGUGGUUUAGGUUCACAAGGGACGAGAUGCUACCGUCAGACCGUAUUUGCAAGAGAUCUAGCUGUUUAGGCAUUCACAACUUGAAGGGCCGGUUGAAAGAAUGGGUGUGA